GCACGCCAAGUCGUGCAACAAGGAUUUGAUUGGCAGAUAUCAGAGCAAUUCAGGUCUAUCCGUCGUCAGGCAGCAGGCACAGAAUAACCAUGGCCGACGAGAAACCCAAGGAAGCCGUGAAGACAGAAAACAAUGAGCACAUCAACCUCAAGGUGGCUGGCCAAGACGGAUCCGUGGUGCAGUUCAAAAUUAAGAGGCAUACACCUCUUAGCAAACUCAUGAAGGCAUAUUGUGAGAGACAGGGCUUGACCAUGAGGCAAAUCCGGUUCCGGUUUGAUGGACAGCCCAUCAACGAGACGGACACACCAGCACAGUUGGAAAUGGAGGAUGAAGAUACAAUUGAUGUAUUUCAGCAACAAACAGGAGGUCUUAAGUGAAGCCAAGAGUCCCACGUCACCCCUCCUCCCUCAUCGUCACUCUCCAGCAGUGUGUCCUCGUCGUCUUCCCACCUGGUCCCUUCCUCUCGCCUCUCCUCCCUGUCCUCUUUUCCCGACAAAGCCAAAACAAUACGGACUGACAUUCUCACAGUUACACAUGAAUACGGUUGUACAGUGUCUUCAUUUUUGUCUUUAUUUUUAUACAUCAAAGUUAUCACAUUUUAUCAGAUUUUGACCACAAGGCAGACAUUUUAACAGAACAACAAAGGCUCCUGGCCAAACAUUUUAUGGCUUGCAUGGUAGUCUGUGGGCAGAUGUAAGAACCAAGUGUUUUUGUAACAGCGGGGAAUAAUGAUAACUAGUGAAAGGACUAUUUAAGUGUUCUCACAAAAACGGGGUUUUAUAUCUUUUUAUAUAUUGUAGUGGUAAUGUCUUGUAUGUCACUUGUAUUACUCUGAUUUGGUCACAUUUACAGUGUCAUGUGGAAUGUGUUGUCAAAUGAGUUCCUUGUUAGAAUAAAGUAAUUUUGUAAAAUUGA